GUUACUUUGUUUUAUUCACAAAAUGCAAAAAUGUACUGAUAUAAGAAAAUUCGCCGAUUGUUGAAUUUUGAAAGAAAAAAUUUUUCAAAUUUUAAUUGUAAAAAUGCAAUUUUAAUACUGAGCUCGAUCGAUAACAAAUUGUGCUACCCAGGAAGAUUGAGUUAACAAACGUGAAGCAACUCUGAUUUUAUGAUAUUUCAUGUACGUUUAUAUUUUCUAAUUAACUUUUGUAUAAAAUUGAAAUAUUCUUCUAUUAUCAGGUAUCAACGGUAUGGGUCGUUACACAGGAAAGAAAUGUCGUUUGUUAACGAUGUUAUGGCUCACUGGUAUAUUUUUCUUAGUCGAAAUAAUUGUGGGCUACCUAACAAACUGUAUGGCUUUAAUAGCUGACAGUUUUCAUAUGUUGUCUGAUGUAGCAGCUUUGAUCGUUGCAUUUCUUUCCGUAAAGAUGUCACCAAAGAAAUGGUCUAAGAAUACAUUUGGUUGGGCCAGAGCUGAAGUUUUAGGAGCUUUAGUAAACGCCGUUUUUUUAGUCGCAUUGUGUUUCAGUAUUACUGUCGAAGCGUGUAAAAGAUUUAUCGAAGUUGAAGAGAUACAUGAAGCAAAACUGCUUGUAGGAGUCGGGGCACUUGGCUUAUUAGUGAAUAUUAUUGGACUGUGCCUCUUCCACGAACACAGAAGUUCUCAUGCACAUUCGCAUGGCAUAUCUCGAAGUCACAACCGAUUGAGCACUCUAGUAGGAACGGACGAUAAUGAAAAUGAUGAAACAUAUAGGCCAUCGACGCCUCAAGUCAAAAGGACACAUGGCCAUGUACAUGAUGCAAGUCAAAUGAACAUGCGCGGAGUGUUCCUUCAUGUACUCUCAGAUGCAUUAGGAUCUGUGAUUGUGAUAGUCUCUGCUUUAAUUGUUUGGUUGACUGACUGGGACUACAGAUUUUACAUUGACCCAGCUCUCUCACUUUUAAUAGUUAUUCUUAUUCUACAAUCGGUAUGGCCAUUACUCCAAGAAUCUGCAUUGAUUUUAUUGCAGACUGUACCGACACAUAUUCAGGUGGAUGCCAUUCAACAACGUUUACUAGAAAAUGUUGAUGGCGUUUUGGCUGUACAUGAAUUUCAUGUGUGGCAAUUAGCUGGUGAUCGUAUUAUCGCUUCAGCGCAUAUAAGAUGUAGGAAUUUGUCAGAAUACAUGAAAAUUGCAGAGCAAGUAAAAGAAUUUUUUCAUAAUGAGGGCAUACACUCUACUACAAUUCAGCCAGAAUUUAUUGACUACCAUUCUAAUAGCGAGGUCAAGGAAACACCAACUGAAGAUUGUGUACUAGAUUGUCCAAAGACUGACAAGCCUUGUAAUCAUGCAACAUGUUGCGGACCUUCUAAGCAAGGUCGUGAAACUCCAUCGCCAGGAGAAACACCGUAUUUGUGCAGACAACGUAACAGUCUGGCACGUUCCACUGGUUCAAUAGGAGGAACCGAACAGCAAGAAAUAAAUGAAAUGGAACGCGGACAUUUGUUAUCACUGCCCGCUUUACAUCACUCCGUCCAACUUCCACAUUCUCAUGUUAAUACACCGGUUGUAUAAGUUGUCAUUAUAUUAUAAAAUAUCUACCUCUGUAACACAAUCUGCGGCGCGUUACAAUGUUAUUAUAAAAAUUCAAUAAAGUAAUAUACAUACUGUAUUUUAUGACUAUUAAAGUCAAAAGUAUAUUUUCAUUGCUUUUUAUCGAUUAUGUAACUAUUAUUCUAAGUUUUACAAAGUUUGAUAUAAAAAGUUUGAUGCGUGUGUGAUAUUUGUACAAUUACUAAUAAAUUAGAAACAGAAAUAAAUAAUGUUGGCCGUGAUUCUACGAGCCUGUUCUAGCCACCAUGAAUAAAAUAUUCGAAGACUGUUUAAUUUAUUGUGAAUGAUUCUCGAUUUUAAAUACCAAUCUCAUUUGUAAUUCGAAAAUUUUUAAUAUAACCAAAUUAUUAAUAUUGUUAAUUUUUAUUUUUUCAUGACUAAUAUUACGCGAUAACUUUCCCCACGUUCCGUUGGAAUGGUGGAGAAUGAUUGAUGGUGAGAUUGUACAGAGUAACUUCACAUCGAUUGGUGAUAUUUUCCAAGAAUUGUUGUCCAAAGGUUGGAUGGGUGCUUUGUGCCUCGUGUCGGUUGGAUACUUUAUGCGAUGGUUGAAGCUUGCUGAUUGGGAUUUCGGAGUAAUAAGAAACAUUGAUCCUUAACAAUAAUGGUAAUAAAACUAUAACCUUGUGUCACCUAAGUGUCUAUUGACAAUUGUUCUUCGAAGGUUACAUUAGAUGUUACGGUUCAGAAUUUCUUUGAACGCUGGAUAUCAAUAAAUUGGGAAGAGGUUCCUUAUAAUUAGGUUUUUAUUGCAUAGGAACACCUAUUCUCAAUAAUGGAAUAUCUCAAUGGGUAAUUUUGUAGCAUAUAACUUCCUGUUGAGAGUGGAGCGAUUAAAAUGAGGUGUGGAAAUGUAGUGAUUGGGUCGAUGGUGUUCGUGGUCGCUUAGUAAUACUCUUGUGAGAUGUUCUGUGACGGUCGUUGAUUGUACGAAAUGGUAUGAGGUUGCUGCCCGUGAUUGGCAGGUGUUCGUCCAGCGCAAUGUGGCAGAUGUUGCUUCGCAAAGAUGAAAUGUCCGGUGAAGUAUCGCUGAAGAAGUUCCACGUGACUGGCAGGUCUUCUUCUGGCGAAAGAAUAUGGCAGGUAUCGUUGUAUGAAGGCGGAUUGUCACUGAAGAAGCUGAGCGUGUCUGGUACCUUCAUACUGACACACUUGCCCAAAUUGAAACGACUGAGGAAAAUUACUCUCAAAGGAGGUGUGCACGCAUUCGACUCGACAUGUCAAAUUAUAUAUCUUUACUAGCGUGAGACACCGAUGUCUUUCAUUUCAAACGCGAAUAGAAAGGAAAGUUCGUGACGCAACUGGAACGAACAGAAAACUCACCAUCGCUCAAAAGUACGUACUAUCGAGCGCCCAAAUAUCUCUAGCUCCGUUGCAGGACACUCCCGGAGGAGCCAAAAGAGC